CCGCAGCCUUUGAAGUCGCUUCCGCUUCCGGCCUUCUGCGGACUGUCGUUUCGGUUGGCGGGGGUGUUCCCCUUCCUCCUCGUCCUUUCGGCGAGGCAGGGAAGGGGACGGGUGCGUCUCGGGCGGCGGAGCCCCUGCGCGGAGGCUCUCCUGGCUCCGUUUCAUUCCCAGGGCAGAAGCCGAGAGGAAGACGUCGGGCCCUUUCAAUGGUAUUUCCAUCCCAGCAGAAAAACAUGACAGACGGCUGGGUGGAUUGUCCUUCCUUAGGCCCUGGCUGGCAGCGUCGUGAAGUCUUGCGCAAAAGUGGAACAAGGAGCGGACUGUCAGACACUUAUUAUAUAAGCCCCAGAGGAGAGAAGAUCCGCAGCAGAGUGGAGCUGCUGAGACUGCUGGGAUGUUCGCGGGACCUGACUGAUUUUGAUUACAAGAAAGGCAUUUUUGUUGAGCCAAGCACAGAGCCCCUGCCCUCACCACCCCUCUCACCUACUGAAGGAAGCCCUCAGAGGAUCAAAAAGGGUGGUAAAAAGCGCCUAUUGCCUCUGGCAGCAGCCACCCCACCACCCAAGAAACCACCUGAUUUGCAGGUGUUUCCAGAGCCUCAGCCUUCUCCAGGACAGGAGCUUCUGGACCAGAAACCUCCAAAGUUGGAAUUUGAGUUCCCAGUAGAGAACCAAGCCAAUAUGCAGAGUCAGCAGUCAGAACUUCCUGUUACUGUGGGUCAGCCGGCACCAAAGCCCCGCAAGCGACGUUAUCGGAAGCAUCUUCCACCCAUUCCUUCUCCAGGAAAAACAGAAGAUGUGACAUUGCAGGAGAGCAAACCAGAGGAAGCUAUAGCAUGCUGUGCCAGCUGUCAGGGACAGUUCCCAGAAGUGAUGCUGCCAUCUCAGAGACGUUGUCGGUGGCUCUGCCCAGACUGCAGAGCUCAGAGAAGAGCUUUUAACAGGGAGCAGAGAUAUUAUAAGCAAAUUGGCUGUGGUGUGUGCCAGGCCUGCCAGAUGUCUCAGGACUGCGGCAUCUGCAGUGUGUGUGUUCUGCGAGCCAAAAGCCCCAAGCUCCACAUUGGCAUCAAAUGCUUGCUACGCCGAUGCUUGAAGAUUGUCAAAAAGGGCCUUGAGUGCGGCAUGUGUCAGGCCUGCAAGAUAACUGAGGACUGUGGGACCUGUGUUAUCUGUUUGCGGAGGCAGAGACCUGGCAUAAAACGUCAGUGGAAAUGUCUCAAGCGCCGCUGUCUCAAACGCAAGAAAAAAAUCCCACCCAAGAAGGACAGCUGCAGCUCGAAGAAACUUAUAGUAGAAGCAGCUUCAGCAAAGGAUAUCUUCACUCCAAAACAACGCGGGCAGAAAAAGCCAACAUUAACUACAGAUGGGUCCCCUCCUAAGGCCCAGUGGGUCCCAAAGCGACACCACAAGAGGCUGUCAGCUGCACCAGUGGUGCCCACAGAUGGGCCUCUUCUAAAGGCUCAGCUGGCCCCAAGCCGCCACCACCAGAGGCACUCUGCUACCACAAAAUGGAAACCUACCAUACAAAGGGAUCCUAGAGGCAAUCCUAUUGUAAGGCGUAGGAAGAAGCAAUUGGGGGUGGCGAAAGAGAGGAAGAAAGUGGGCCGUCCUCCCAAGCAUCCUGUGGCUAAGCUCAAGAACAGUGUGCAUUCCUCCAAAAGUCGGCAAAAUCGGAAGUGUGGUGACUGUGAAGCCUGCCUGCUGAAAACAGACUGUGGCCGCUGUGAUUUCUGUUGCGAUAAGCCCAAGUUUGGAGGACAGAACCUCAAGCGCCAGAAGUGCCGCUGGAGGCAGUGUCUGCAGUUUGCGAAGAAGCAGCUGCUUUCUGAAGAGUGGAGCAGCCCAGAUGCGAAGGGGGCAGUAGCAGCGGGCAGGAAGGUCAGGAGGAGGAGGAGGAGGAGGAGGAACGUCUUCGGUGGCCGCAGCCACAAGUCAGCCAGGAUCAAGCAGGUGGGGCAGAAGGGAGCCAAGGGGCAUGGCCAGAAGCAACAGGCAAAAGCCGGCUUCCAGCCAGAGGUAAUUGCCCACCCACCCAUUCCAAACGCUGCUGCUGAGCCUCCUUGUGAUUCUUCAGCUACUGAAUAUCUACUGGAUGCCGGGAACUAGCUAUUCAUCCAUGAUUCCUCAAUGAUAUCCUCCUUGUUAUUCUACCAAGUUCCCUUCAAGCACAGUUUCAUUCCAGCUUGAAUUUGGCAGUGAGUGAAAGCUAGCUUUUUCCAGGAGGCUCUUCAGUGGAUCAUGGUCUGACUCUAUACAGCUGGAGAUUCCUAGGCUGCU